CAUGGAGUGUGGAAAGACCUUUAUUCAUAGCAGUUACCUUAACUCCCACAGGAGGAUCCACACAGGAGAAAAGCCCUAUCAAUGUGUGGACUGUGGAGAGGGCUUUAGGUGGAAUUGUGAUCUUACUUCCCAUAAAAGGAUCCACACAGGGGAGAAACCAUAUGAAUGCAAGGAGUGUGGAAGAAGCUUUAGCUUUAGCAGUAGUCUUAAUUCCCACAAGAGGAUCCAUACAACAGAGAAGCGAUAUCAAUGUGUGGAAUGUGGAGAGGGCUUUCGAUGGAUUUGUGAUCUCACAUCCCAUAAAAGAAUCCAUACAGGGGAGAAACCAUAUGAAUGCAUGGAGUGUGGGAAGAGCUUUGCAAGGAGUAAUGCUCUUAAUUACCACAGAAGGAUCCACACACAGGAGAAGCCAUAUCAGCCGAGGAAGUAUGGGAAGAGCUUCAAUAGCAAUAAGAGUAAUCCUCGAUUUAUGACUGCAAUUGAAAUUUCUCCUUGGGGCUGUGGGAAGAAUGGUGCAAGUCCUGGGCGGAAGAGCCAAGAAGAGGCAUCCAAUAGUUUAGAGGUCCAGUGCUGUCACUUCAGGAGAGUGCGGUUUCAGAAUGGGAGCCGUCCCCGAGAUGUUUGCACUCAGCUUCACUACCUUUGUCGACAGUGGCUGCAACCAGAAAAACACACAAAGGCUCAGAUGCUGGACCUGGUGCUCCUGGAACAAUUACUGGCUGUCCUUCCCCCAGAGAUGGCAAAAUGGGUGCGGGAGUGUGGAGCAGAGACCACUUCUCAGGCGGUGUCUCUGGCUGAAGGCUUCUUGCUGACCCAGGAGGAGGAAAACAUGCAAGAAGAGUUGCAGAAAUCCUUGGAAGCUGUGACUGAGUAUCCUAAGGGGAGGAAAGAUUCAUUCACAUCUUUUCAAGAGUUUCUCUUCAGGGAGAACUUCCAGAAAGGUCAAAGUCAAGAUGCUACGCAAGAGAGUAGAAUGCUGUCCUUUGAGUUUUCAGAAUCCCCUCUUUGUGCUGGAGCUGAAAGAUUAGUUGAAUCUCUACGUCAGGAUGUCGUGUCUUUUGAGGAAGUGGCUGUGUAUUUCUCCAAUGAGGAGUGGUCUCAACUGGAUGCUGACCAAAAAGCUCUCCACGGAGAAGUCAUGCUGGAGAAUUCCAGGAAUCUGUUUUCUCUGGGCUAUAAUGGGCAAAAGAAUAAGAAUUGCAAGCAGGAGUGCCAAGCGAUCCAUUCGAAAUGGGGGGAAAGGAAAUUUGAAGAUCAGAUGCAACCAAAGAAUGAUGAAACAAAGAAAUCACAAAGUGGAAUUGAAAAUGGUUUUUUUCGGGUCCGUUGGCUUCGUAAUCAUACAGUGAUCAAUAAGGGAGAAAGAUCAUAUAAGUCCAUGGAGUGUGGAAAGAAAUUCAAUAAAUCCGAUUGUCUCUUUUUUCAUAAAAAGACACAUUCAGAAGAGAAACCAAAUACCAGCAGGGAGUGUGGAAAUACACUCUAUGAUAAUCACUCUCUUAGAAAACAUGAAAGGAAUCACAAAGGUGAAAGACUUUAUAUAUGCUUGGAGUGUGGAAAGACCUUUACUUGUAGCAGUAGUCUUAAUUCUCACAAUUUGAUCCACACAGGAGAGAAGCCAUAUCAAUGCAUGGAGUGUGGAAAGGGUUUUAGGACAAGUAGUCAUCUUACAUCGCAUAAUAGGAUUCACACAGGUGAAAGACCUUAUAAAUGCUUGGAGUGUGGAAAGACCUUUACUCGUGGCACUUACCUUAAUUCUCACAAGGGGAUCCACACGGGACAGAAACCAUAUCAAUGCAUGGACUGCGGAAAGACCUUCUGUUUUAAUCAUUCUCUUAUAAGACAUCAAAGGAAUCACAAAGGAGAAAGACCUUAUACAUGCUUGGAGUGUGGAAAGACUUUUACUUGUAGCAGUAGUCUGAAAUCCCACAAUUUGAUCCACACAGGAGAGAAGCCUUAUCAAUGCAUGGAAUGUGGAAAGGGUUUUAGGAAGAGUGGUAAUCUUAAUACCCACAAGAGGAUCCACACAGGAGAGAAACCGUAUCACUGCAUGGAAUGUGGAAAGACCUUUUCUCAUAAUAACUCACUUAUAAGACACCAAAGGGUUCACACAGGAGAAAGACCUUAUAAAUGCACGGAGUGUGGAAAGACCUUUACUCGUAGUAGUAAUCUUAAUUCCCACAAGAGGAUCCACACAGGAGAAAGACCGUAUAAAUGCAUGGCGUGUGGAAAGACCUUUAUUUGCAGUAGUAAUCUUAAUUCCCAGAAGAGGAUCCACACAGGAGAGCCUUAUGAAUGCAUGGAGUGUGGAAAGGCCUUUACUUGUAGCAGAAGUCUUGAUUACCAUAAGAGGAUCCACACAGGAGAGAAGCCCUAUCAAUGUAUGGAGUGUAGAAAAGUUUUCAGGAACAGAAAUGCUUUGAUUCACCAUAAAACUAUUCAUACAGAGAAGAAGCCAUAUCAAUGCAUUGAAUGUGGAAAAGCCUUCUGUUAUUCUGAGUCUCUUAUAAUCCAUCAAAGGAUUCACACAGGAGAACGACCUUAUAAAUGCAUGGAGUGUGGAAAGACCUUUACUAGUAGCAGUAGUCUUAAUGUGCACAAGAGGAUCCACACAGGAGAACGACGUUACAAAUGCACAGAGUGUGGAAAGGCGUUUACUUGUAACAGUAAUCUUAAUUACCACAAGAGGAUCCACACAGGGGAACAACCUUAUAAAUGCAUGGAGUGUGGAAAGACCUUUACUUGUAGCAGUAGUCUUAAUUCCCACAAGGAGAUCCACACAGGAGAAAGACCUUAUAAAUGCAUGUAGAGUGGAAAGACCUUUACUUGUAGUAAUGGUCUUAAUUCCCACAAGAGGACCUACACAGAAGAGAAGCCAUAUAAAUGUGUAAAAGAAUCCAUACUAGAGAAAAGAACUAGAGGUGGGUUUCUACUGGUUCACAUGGUUCGGGGUUUUAGCUCCACCCAUAAUCCUCAAGUAAAAGGAGCCUGUGAAUGUCCGAAUGCAGUCCUUGAGCAGUGCCUUCAAUGCUACAUGAACUACCAGCAAAUCAAUUGGGCUGAACAUUUACCUUUUGCUGAGGUGGCGUACAAUAACUCUGUACACAGCAGCACUGAAUUUGCCCCCUUUGGAGUGGCCAAGAUUGCCUUGGAAAAUUUGGCCAGACCUCUUGUGAACAGAAAGACCUGUGGAGAUCCUUGGGUCCAUUUUGGAGCUGGAUUAGAGACCAGAGAGAAGAUGGAGGGACAACACCCAGCAGAUGCAGAAGUUAGAAAAGGCCCUCCAGCUGCUCAGCCUUGGGGCUGUGGGAAGAAUGGGGCAAGUCCUGGGCAGAAGAGCCAAGAAGAGGCAUCCAAUAGUUCAGUGGUCCAAUGCUGUCAUUUCAGGAGAGUGCGGUUUCAGGAGGGGAGCCGUCCCCGAGAUGUUUGCACUCAGCUUCAUUACCUAUGUCAUCAGUGGCUGCAACCAGAAAAACACACAAAGGCUCAGAUGCUGGACAUGGUGCUCCUGGAGCAAUUGCUGGCUGUCCUUCCCCCAGAGAUGGCAAAAUGGGUGCGGGAGUGUGGAGCAGAGACCAGUUCCCAGGCGGUGGCCCUGGCUGAAGGCUUCUUGCUGACCCAGGAGGAGGAAAACACGCAAGAAGAGUUGCAGAAAUCCAUGGAAGCUUUGACCGAGUAUCCUGAGGAGGGGAAAGAUUCAUUCAGAUCUUCUCAAGAGCGGUUUUUCCAGAAAGAUCAAAGUCAAGAUGCUAUGCAAGAGAAUCGAAAGCUAUCCUUGGAGUUUUUAGAAUCACCUCUUUGUGGUGGAGCUGAAGGAUUAGCUGAACCGCUACUUCAGGAUGUCGUGUCUUUUGAGGAAGUGGCUGUGUAUUUCUCCGAGGAGGAGUGGUCUCAGCUGGAUGUUGACCAAAAAGCGCUCCAUGGAGAAGUCAUGCUGGAGAAUUCCAGGAAUCUCUUUUCUCUGGGCUUUAAUGGGCAAGAGAAUAAGAAUUGCAAGCGUGAAUGUCAAUCGAUCCAUUCGAAAUGGGGGGAAAGGAAAUUUGAAGAUCAGAUGCAACCAAAGAAUGAUGAAACAAAGAAAUCACAAAGUGGAAUUAAAAAUGGUUUUUCUCGGGUCCGUCGGCUUCCUAACCAUGCAGUGAUCAAUAAUGGAGAAAGACCAUAUAAAUCCAUGGAGUGUGGAAAGAGGUUCAAUAAAUCCUAUCAUCUCUUUUCUCAUAAAAAGACACAUUCAGAAGAGAAACCAAAUACUUGCAUGGAGUGUGGAAAGACCUUCUCCUUUAAUUCUUCACUUAUAAGACAUCAAAGGAAUCACAAAGGAGAAAGGCCUUAUAAAUGCAUGAAGUGUGGAAAAACCUUUAAUUGUAGCAGUAGUCUUAAUUCCCACAAUUUGAUCCACACAGGAGAGAAGCCAUAUCAAUGCAUGGAAUGUGGAAAGACCCUUACUUACAGCAGUAGUCUUUAUUACCACAUGAGGAUCCACACAGGAGAAAGACCUUAUAAAUGCAUGAAGUGUGGAAAAACCUUUAAUUGUAGCAGUAGUCUUAAUUCCCACAAUUUGAUCCACACAGGAGAGAAGCCAUAUCAAUGCAUGGAAUGUGGAAAGGGUUUUAGGAAGAGUGGUAAUCUUAAUACUCACAAGAGAAUCCACACAGGAGAGAAACCGUAUCAAUGCAUGGAGUGUGGAAAGACCUUCAUUAAUACCAUCAANCUUAAUUCCCACAAUUUGAUCCACAAAGGAGAGAAGCCAUAUAAAUGCAUGGAGUGUGGAAAGAGUUUUAGGAAGAGUGGUAAUCUUAAUACUCACAAGAGGAUCCACACAGGAGAGAAACCGUAUCAAUGCAUGGAGUGUGGAAAGUAUUUUAGGAACAGUGGUAAUCUUAAUACUCACAAGCGGAUCCACACAGGAGAGAAACCGUAUCAAUGCAUGGAGUGUGGAAAGACCUUCUGCUAUAAUCGUUCUUUUUUAACCCAUCAAAUGGAUCACACAGGAGAAAGACCUUAUAAAUGCAUGGAGUGUGGAAAGACCUUUACUUGUAGCAGUAGUCUUAAUUUCCACAAGAGGAUCCAUACUGGAGAAAGACCAUAUAAAUCCAUGGUGUGUGGAAAGAUUAUUAAAUCCAAUCAUCUAAUUUGUCAUAAAAAGGCACAUUCAGAAGAGAAACGAUUUACCUGCAUGGAGUGUGGAAAGACCUUUACUCGUAGCAGUACUCUUAAUUUCCACAAGGGGAUCCACACAGGAGAGAAGCCCUAUCAAUGCAUGGAGUGUGGAAAGGGUUUUAGGAAGAGAAGUGCUCUGAUUCGACAUAAAACUAUCCAUACAGAAGAGAAGCCAUAUCAAUGCAUGGAGUGUGGAAAGACCUUUACUCAUAGUAGUAGUCUUAAUAACCACAAGAAGAUCCACACAGGAGAGAAGCCAUAUCAAUGCAUGGAGUGUGGAAAGACCUUUACUUGUUUCAGGAGCUUUAAUCCCCAUAAGAGGAUUCACACAGGAGAUAGACCUUAUAAAUGCAUGGAAUGUGGAAAGACUUUUAUUUAUAGCAGUCAUCUUAAUUCCCACAGGAGCAGCCACACAGGAGAGAAGCCAUAUAAAUGUGUGGAAUGUGGAAAGAGCUUUAUAUGGAAUUCUGCUCUUACCACCCAUAAAAGAAUCCACACAGGAGAAAAACCAUAUCAAUGCAUGGAAUGUGGAAAGAGCUAUGCUCGUAGUAGUGGUCUUAAUUCCCAUAAGAGGAUCCACACAGGAGAAAGACCUUAUCAAUGCAUGGAGUGUGGAAAGACCUUUACUCGUAGUUAUAAUCUUAAUUCCCACAAGAUGAUCCACACAGGAGAAAGACCUUAUAAAUGCAUGGAGUGUGGAAAGAGUUUUAUUUGUAAGAGUUAUCUUCAUCGCCACAAGAAGAGCCACACAGAAAAGAAGUCAUAUAAAUGUGUGUAAUCUGGAGAGGGCUUUAGAAAAAGUUGCAAUCUCACUUUCCAUAAAAGGAUCCAUACGGGAGGGGGGGGAAAGCAUAUGAAUGCAUGGAGUGAGGAAAGAGCUUUGCAAGGAGUAAUGCUUUUACUCGCCAUAGAAGCAUCCACACACAGGAGAAAUAAUAUGAAUAAAGGAAUUCUGGGAAGAGUUUCAAUAGAAAUCCAAGUAGUUCUCGCCUUAUGA